GGCGCCGCCGUGACCCCGGGUUACCGAGCGGAAGUCUCGGCGAGUACGUGGCGGAGCGGGGUUCGCCCGGCGGCGGAGAGCCGAGGCCUGGGCCUGGGCGGAGAGGCCUUUACCCCCACCCCCCUUCACACCUCCCUCUCACAGCCCGGUAUAAAGAGCGGGGCCGGCGGCCAGGGAUGAUCAGGUUACAGCGGCACUGGCUGUGGAUCAGUCACACGGUGCGGCAGAUGGCCAGGAGGCCCGAGUAUGUGUGCGGGGCGGUAGCUGUCAUCUGUACCUUGUUCAGCCUCAGGCUGGCGCUCAGUCGAGCCAAAGAUGUGGUCAAAAUGCCCCCACCUCCUGUUCGGUUUUUCUCCCCCAACUCUCCUGUUAUUGACCUGUACAUGGGGCAACUGGAUCAAGUGGAAAGAUAUUGUCACAUAUCUGAAGUCUACGUUAUUCUGUUUUAUGCUCCUUGGUGUGGCGAAUCCAUUUCUGUCAGGGGAGAAAUUGAUCAGGUAGCAAUGAAGCUUCGAGAUCAGGUGCUGUUCAUUGCUGUAAACUGCUGGUGGCACCAGGGGAAGUGCAGGAAGCAAAUGAAUCUCUUUUAUUAUCCUGUAAUCCAUUUAUAUCAGAGAAGGUUUGGCCCUAUCGAAUACAAAGGCCCUCUUACAUCUCCUUACAUUCAUGAUUUCAUUCGACGAGUAAUGAGUCCACUGCAAUACAUCGCAACUCAUUCUAUCUUGCUGAAUUUCCUUUCACAUUAUGAGAAUGCUUUGCAGCCGAUUGGUGACAUCCUUGACCCGACCACCACUUGGGAGGCAACAUACCAUCCAGGAGUCUCAUUUUCAGCCGCAGAAUUGCCUAUCUACAUCCCUUGCAAUAGAAUUCCCUAUUAUCAAGGAACCAUUCGUUUUGGUGUGAUAACCAGCAAACAGGUGGCAGAAAGGAUAUCUGUAACCAGUCCUGGAACAAUUUAUAUGCAUAGGCAUUUCAACUCUUCCAUAAUCUUUCCCCGUGAGGUUUUAAAUGUCACAGCGGUAAAUAUCUACAGCUGGGCUUUUGAGAACCGUGAGACCUUUAUGCACUGGUUACGACCACAUGGAAGCAAGAGCCUUCUCCUCAACAAUGAACUGAAGAAAGGCCCAGCAUUAUUACUGUUUUUCCCCUUCAGCCCGUUGGCUGAGAAACAGCCACUAAUGAAGGAGAUAACUGAAGUUGCCCUUAAAUAUCACAACUGUAACAACAGCAAGAGCGUUCAGCGUGUGCUCCAAUACAUGGAAGAGACCAAUCAGGCUGACCGCAAAGAUCAGGCCACAGAUUCUUUUCCAUGUGUAGUGGAACCUGUCUUCCAGAUGAGGAAAUCUUGUUGCAAUACAAUAAUGCUUCCUCAGUGGAAUCGUAUAUCCCAAACUCUCAACAUCUGUGAGUUGUGCAUUAACCAGACAGUUGGAAUUCGACCAAGUGUGAUCCACCUUGUGCAGUGCAACUUCAUAGAGAUGGAGACAGCACUGGAUUCGUUCUACCUCAGAGAGCACACAUUUUUCCAUCCGCGAUCAAACACUGUAGAAUGUAGCAACAUUUUGAGCUAUUACAGUCCUUUCAACUACUACACUGUUUGCUGCAGGACAUUUAACAGUUUGUUUAAAUCUGAUCAAGUUACCCCUUCAGAACUGUUUUUCAGUGAAGAGCAGAAGAAUGGGGUGAUGACCCACAGCUUUCCUCAUGUUGAGGACAGAGUAUCGACUCUUCUAGAACUGCAUCACAGUCAAAGCCACAUUACAGGACUUAGCUGUAAUACCAAUAAAACUCUGAACAUUUACUUGAUGGAUUCAAAUUUGCACUGGAGAUUUGCCACUAGAUUAGGAGCCAAUGAGUCUGCGCAAGUGCAAGAAUUUGCUACAAUUAUUGAUCUGUUGGAUGAAGUUCAUUAUGUCCUUGACCAAAGGCAGAUUCUUGAUAAAUCUUCUAUUGAAAACAUUAUAAAGAAUUAUAGUAGGACAUACAGUCCAUUAAGUCGGCAUCUUAUUGCUGGAACAAAAUCUCAAGCUCAGGAAAAAUAUUUAAUUGCUGAAGUCACGACCCAGACUUUUGACAACAUAGUUCUGGAUGCUGAAAAGAAUGUUUUGUUACUCUACUACACUCAAUGGUGUGGAUUUUGCACUGCUCUCAAUCAUGUGUUCAUUCAGGUUGCCCGUCUAUUCCAUGCUAAUGAUGGAAUUAUAAUAGCCAGAAUCAAUGUUGCCAAAAAUGAUCUUCCUUGGGAGUAUAUGGUUGACCAACUUCCAACUGUUCUGUUUUUCCCCAGUAAGAGGAAAGACUUGAGUGUGAAGUACCCUGAAGCUCUGCCAUUUACUGUUCCUAAUCUAGUGAGGUUCAUUCUCUCUCAUUCUACCCAGUUAGUUCAUCAAGACCCAUUCCAGUCUUGUAAUCCAGACUGUAUCCAAAAAGCAGCAGAAUUACAGAAAGACCGAAUUAGCCAACUGGAGAAAGAGCUGCAGAGACUCCGUGCAGAGAUGCAGGUGUUGCAUCAAGCUGAAAAGCAACUGGCUUUGCAGCUCUCAGCGACCAGGCACGAGGAGCACCAAUUGAAGCUCCAUAAUCGAGCUCUGGAGGAGAAAAACGAAAAGCUGAAAAGUCAUAAUGAGAAACUACAAGAUUUGUAUAACCUGAGAAAUGUAGAGCUAGCCAAAACAGCAGAGAAACUGAGUGAAAUUACAGCAGUGUCUGAGAAACUCCUCAAAGAAAACACCUUGCUUAAGACAUAUAUGGCCUCAAUUGAAGAACUGCUGGAGGAAAACACUUAUCCCUCCUCAACUCCAGUUCGUGCUGAAGAGGAAUCUCUGUUAACUUCCCGUUCAGAAAAUAAUGCUGAAACCGAAUCUUUUUCUUGUCAUGAUACUCCUACAUUGUGAAAAGAGAUAAUCAUGAAACUGCAGAUGCAAGGCAUUCUGCUGCUGACCUUUUAAAAACAAAAUUGCCCCAGGAAUAUAAACUAUUCUACAUCAGGUUGGCGGAGAUCUCAUGUGAAGUUCGAAAUGUCAGUAAAAGUUUCUUUCUACAGAA